AUGGCCGGCCCUCCUAACAACACUGGCGGCACCAGCGACGGCGGCACCAGCGACAGCGGCACCAGCAGCAGCAGCAGCAGCAGCAGCAGCAGCAGCAGCCCUCUCGGCGGGAUCUACCCUUGCCAGCUAUCCACAGAGAACUUGCACUUUCGGGAGCCGGGUCGCGACGCUCGGCGCCCGGGGCCUCCGACCGGGACCUCCCCCCGCUCGGCCAGCGUGACCCUGUCCUUUGCGCGCGAUGGGUGCUUCAACUUUUUCCUGGUCAUUACCCGCGGCGGCUCGGCGCCACCGGUGCAUGUGAAGCUCGCUGCCGUGGCCUCCUGCACAGCGGCGGAGGAGGGUAUGCUGCUCCUCCGGCUGAAGCCGGGCCCGGCCUCCGGGCCCCUGGCAGACCGCUUCCUGCGCGUGGCCUUCACCGGGGCGGCGGCCGUGCGCCAGAGCGACACCUUUGGCCGGGCCCUUCGCCGGCUGGCCUCGGUGCGCGAGGGCGGCGUGCUUGACGCCGAUGAAGUCCACAGUGUGCCCGUACUUCCGCAGGCCCCGGCCAGCCGGCCGGCCGAUGUGCCCGAUGAUAGGCCCAUCCUGCCGCGGCCGCUGCGCAGUGGCGACGGGCCGCGCCUGGCCGGCGACCAGUGUCUGGGGGUCGGGCCAGGCCCGGCCGGGGGCCCUUGCUCCGAGUCGGCCCGGCGGCCGACCGGCGAGGCGUGUCUCGCGCUGGGACGCGGCUCGGCCGGUGUUUCCCCCGGCCUCGGGGGGUCCCCGGCCAGGGCUCCCCCUCGGGCCAUGGCCUGCGAGGAGGAUCUGGUGGACCUGGCCGAGGUGGACCUGCUCGCGGGGCAGCCGGUGUUCACGCGGCAUCUUGUGCCCGCGCAGGUGGUGGACUUGACGGCCGGGGCGCGUGCCAAGGCUCGGCGGCCGGACGCCCGCGCGCGAAAGGCCACCAUCGCCGCGGCCGGCGGCGGGGCUGGCCCCAUGGCGACCGCCGCGCUGGCGGCCCCUCGCCCAGAGGCGAGCCUGCUCCAGGCCGCCGGCCCGGCCGGCCUGGUGGCCGCCCAUUUGGCCGGGCACCUGUCCCGGCUGGCGGUCUUGCGCCCGGGGCUGCCCUUUCUCCUGGCGACCGCCCGGCCGUUGGACGCCCUGCUGCGAUUGAUGGCGGCACGCCCCCUGUCGCCGGGGCUGUGGGACUCCGGGCCCGCGGACCGGCCUCGGCCCGGGGCCCGGCGCCGGCUGCUGACGGCGCUGGUGUGGCUGGCGGCGCUGGCCAGUGGACGGCCUGCCGGCAACACGCGGUGCAUCUGCGACCUGGCCCCGGGGGGCCCUGCCGGCCGGCCAUGCACGGCGGUGGUGGCCCUAGACCCGGAGGAGGGCCUGUGCGAGCGCUGUCCGUCCGGCGGCCGGCGAGUGCUGGUGCUCUUCCCCCGGCCGGGGGUGGCCAUCCGCCAUGUGGCCCGGCCCUGGCGCGAGGACGCGUCACUGGCCCUGCCGGCCGGCGGGAGCCUGGGGCUGGUGAUUGGGCUGUUCUCGCUGCCGGGGCCCGGGCUGAGGCUGGUUUUGCGGGCGGACGUCCGGACCCCGGCCGGGGGCUGGGCGACGCACCUCCACCCGGUGGAUGACCCGGCGCCGGGGUGCCCCUUUGCGGGCGCCGCACCCAUGACCUUGGACCAGGUGACCCCCGUGGAGCCUGGCGUUGAGCGACGUCUGGCCUGGGCCUCGGCGCUGGAGCUCCUGCUGUGCUACCUGGUCCCGGCGUGAUGGCGCAAUGCAUGCUGUGUGUGUGUGUGG